UUAAUCGUCAGGCUCUACUUUAACAGGCUAUCAUGAGAGUGGUUGCUCCCUGGGAGGUUACGGAGACGUCUCUGUAUCGAGAUCAUGGCAAACGGAGAAGGAAACCACAAACAAAGCAACAACCCGAUCCGGUCGAAGCUGACAGUGACCUGCUUGUUUCGGCUCGGUUUGUGACUACCGCGACUACGCCGCGAAAACGGUCAAAGACAGUCCGAAAUGGCCAUGACAUUUUCGUCGAGGAUGUAAUGCCAUCUUUGGUGUUGACUUCCGAACACCGCGUUCUUGUCUUUGGAGAAUUUCAAAGCGAAAACGGUUCGAACGCUGGAAUCCGAGAAAGCAAGGUGAUGGAAUAUGGUACGCGUGCUGACAAGGCCGCUGCAUUCUUGAGUUCUUCGACAACACCGCAGAAGGUGUCGAAAGGAUUUACAGCUCGUCAUAUACCUGUGGUUCUCGACGCGACAAACAGUCGGUUUUACGGUCUGCAGAACGGAAAUACUCGAUUGAUAAGUUGGAAUACAUGUCAUGGCCCAGAGGAAUGCACGAGCGUCAAAUUGGACGAACCAGCUCUAUGCAUGUCUUCGAUACACACCACACAAGCAUGCUUCGUUUGCGGUACUCUUGCGUCAGAACGCGUCUUUAUCGCUACAUCAGAUGACGAGAAUUUAUCGCUCAAAUGUUUUACCCAAGCCGAGCUGCCAGUCAACGCCCUUUACGUCGGAUCUUUUGCGAUUUUAGAGAAAACGCAUGUUAACCAGGAAGAGUCAGGUAGCAAGAGAAAGGCAGAGACUCCUUCGUCCGGUGAUGAAGUAUUCUUUUUUCAAUUUUUUUCAAAACAAAAUAGCUUCAUCAUGGUUCGACAUCACUUCUCUGGUUUGUCGAACGGUAUUGCAAACGCCUCCAGGGUAAAUAUCCAGAGCGCUACGAUACCGAUGAUAGGUGAAUCUUCUGCGUUGAUAGCGUAUCCUAAGCUUCUUGGUGUUGAUAAAGGGAGCCAAUCUGCGGUUCUGCUGUACUCCACAUUCGGCGACGACAACGGAACGGGCAAACAUCAGUUCUUUGUUUCGAUUUCGUUGCAAUCGGGAGAUAUUGCCACCGUUCCUAUGCAGCUACCCGACUCUGCCCAACAAGCAGCGCUUUUAGGUGCAUCGGUGUUAGCGGUGGGGUCCCACGAUGACAUCCAGCUCAUCGAUAUAGUUCGCGGAGCUGAGAUUGGUUCGAUCUCCGUGCGCAGCGUAGCAGAUGCUGCUGAUUAUUUACUCGUCGGAGAUCCAAUUUGCCCGAAACUCGCAAUUCUGUUUACAAAAGAAGGAAAACUGUGGGUUGCAUCUACUUCCUUGGACUCAGAGACUGUAUCCACGCAAUUUGCCCUCUCUACGUCACUAGCAUUAGCUCUACGCACGAAUAAGGCUCCCAAGUUGUCUGGGCCGUCGCUUUUCGAGAAGCCCCUCUCAGGCGUGAGCUUAGAUUUGAAGUCUGAUUCAUUCAAUGAUGCUUUUGCUACGGGCAUUUUUUGGUUGAAUGAGUGCUUCGACCAAGUGCUCAAAGAUAGUAUGGCAAACGCAUCUCUUCUCGAAGCUUUUGAAAAAUGUCUCUGUUCGUUCCACGAGAAGACUUGUUUCAAAACGAGCGAGGGAGUUGGCAAUGCUGAGAACCCUCAAGAUGCGAUCGUUGAGAAGACUCCGACGCAGAAAAAUGGAACCCAUAAAAUCGGUCUGAACGGGAACGUACUGCAAACUUUCAACGGCAAGAACGGAAACUACUCGCGUAGGGUCCGGGAGCCGUCCAUGAUUCCAAGGCCCUUUGUUGAUCACAUCGUACCAAUGCUAAUCCACAUAUUCCUUCACUCAACAAAUCCCAAGCAGUCAAGGUUGUUCAGGGAAGGUAGUAUUCUUCUUGAGACUGUAAUAAAGACAGGGAAGUUGUCGGCGAGGACGUUCAAUUUUACAACAUUUGUAAAGAUUUUGGAUGCUUUGGACUCGUGCAAUGAAAGAAUAUACACUCCAGUUGAAUUUAGUUUCGAUUUUCUUGAGUAUUGCGUGGAUGUCUCAGAGAGACAGAUUGCAGUCAUCCUACAAUUCACCAUAUCGAAGUUGAAUGCCAUAGAUUUUGCAAAAAAAAUCCGAUCUUUAAAAGGUAGCAUGCUCAACAGAAACGUAUCUUCGCUUUUAGAGCGCUUCAUGGAAGACCCUCUGAAUGAAAGUAUUGCAACUCAAUUGAUUUCAUAUGGAAGCAUGCUACUUAUGAAACAAAUUAUCGGAUACUCUGCCUACAACGAGUCCUUGCUUUUUCAUGCCCUGAAAGCAAGUUUAAAUCGGGAAGAGGUCGCGGUUGCAGUCAUGCUGCUGCUGCGUCUCCAGUCUUCCAUGAAAAUCCCGAUUACCAAGCAGGCGUCGAGCAUGCAUAUGCGGAUCUUCAAAUUCCUAGCAUGCUUAACCGAUUCCUUACGAUCGCCGCUGUCCGCUUCUGAGGUGAGCCUCGUGGAGAAAGUAAAGAAAGUUGUCGAUGCUGAGACUUCGAGAACGGAGACAAUUAUUCACCUUCAGCCUACAAUUAUUCAAACUGCACCAGCUAGGCAGCAGAAAAGCUCCAGGUUAUCAGCAACUGUGCACGAAAACAUAAACUUCAAACAGCUCGCGCCCUACCAGAUUGAGCGACUUCUUUUGUAAUGAAAAUUUAAAUAUGACCGC